GUUAGUGAACGUUAGCCCGUUGUAUUACCGGAAGCUGCGUGUUUACAUGCUUACUGUACGUUUAUUCAGUCCAAAUCUCGACGAAAUUGACAUAAAACAGCUUCAAAUACACAUAGAAGUGCACCAAAAUAUUUAUAUCCACCAUUCAUUUUAUAAUUAGCCUACUGAGUUUAAUUUUCAUAUAAACGGAAUUUUGUUUUUGAAAACUAAAACCGGAUGUAUUUAUCCUUCCUGGCUGACUCGACAGCCUUACUUGACAGCUUGGACCUCCGUCACAAUUAGUUGCCUUGAACUCGUUUGGGGUGUGCGCGCUAUACUGACAAAGUAUUUUGCAUUUGUCCUCCCGGCCUGAAAAUGCUCUCUUACAUCAUCGGCUUGAUCCGAGGUGGCUUUGACAGUAUCAUCAACCUCAUCUUCAGGCUGCUCUUCCAAAAGAAGAGACCUGCCAUCACCUUAGAGGACCCCAACAUUAAGUAUGCACUGCGCCUGAUAGAUAAAGAGAUUGUCAGCCAUGACACAAGAAAGUUCCGCUUUGCACUGCCAUCCCCUGAACACGUCCUUGGUCUCCCUAUUGGGCAGCACAUCUAUCUCUCGGCAAAGAUAGACGGGAAGCUUGUCGUCCGUCCGUACACACCAGUGUCCAGCGAUGACGACAAAGGUUUUGUGGACCUGGUGGUGAAGAUUUACUUUAAAGACAUUAAUCCAAAAUUCCCAGAGGGCGGGAAGAUGAGUCAGUACUUGGAGAGCCUCAGGAUCAACGACACAAUUGACUUCAGAGGACCCAGCGGCUUACUCGUUUACAAGGGCAAAGGUGUUUUUGCCAUUCAGCCUGAUAAAAAGUCCCCAGCUGAGAUGAAGACUGCCAAGCAUUUGGGCAUGAUCGCUGGAGGCACAGGCAUCACUCCCAUGCUGCAGCUCGUCACAGCAAUAAUGAAAGAUCCUGAUGACAAAACGGUGUGUCACCUGCUGUUUGCCAACCAGACUGAGAAAGACAUCCUUCUGCGACCGGAGCUGGAAGAUAUUCAGGUCAGCCACCCGGACCGGUUCAAGCUGUGGUUCACCGUCGACAGAGCACCUGAAAACUGGGAGUACAGCAAAGGCUUCAUCAGUGAAGACAUGGUGAGGGAACACCUGCCGCCUCCCAGCAACGAGACCCUCAUCCUGAUGUGCGGACCUCCACCGAUGAUCCAGUUUGCCUGCAACCCUAGCCUGGAUAAAGUCGGCCAUGCCGACAGCCGCAGGUUCACGUUUUAGACAUCGUCCAUCCAGGAGUCAUCAUUUGGAUAUUUAAGGGUAUCCAGUUGUAUCUUUUUUUUUUCCCCUUACCCUGAAAGCAUUAAAGCUGUCAUAUCUACAGUGGGUAUUGCACUAUAUUUAAAUAUGACAUAUUUAUCAUGCAAGAGAAUCACAGCUUGGACCAAUUCUUGUAUGUUUGGUAGGAGGUUGUGAAUGUGUAGGGGGAAAUGGGAUGUGAAAUAAGGAUUUUAUGAUAGGAUAAGAAGUUUCCGGAUGUUUGGCUUGAAAAUGACUUCACUUUGGUUUUACUAGAAGACUCGAGGUUUACUGGCUGUUUUUUCUGAGUGCCUUAAACACCUGCAAAGAUUUUAUUGAAUGCACGCCACAAGAAUUGUGAUCACUCACUUCAGUACAGAAUAAUAGAUUAUUCCGUUAUGGGUGUUGGGAACGUGUUACAAGUCUAUACCUGUUGCUUAUCUGUUGUCACGCAAGACGUGUCAGUAUUUGCUCCGUUGUGAUUUGUCAAACGCAGCGUGGUUACUGAUUUGUUUUCUGAAAGUGUGGAAAAAGUGGCUGCUUGUGUUUAUGGAUCAUAAAGCAACAAUGCUGUUGAA